AUGAUCACAACCGCCAUGUUUCCCCUCAUAUUUGGCCUAGUUUCCUCAUUGGUCAUUUUGAGUUACAUCGGCCAGGGCGAUUCCGCGGGGUCAAGUUCGGGUCAAGGUGAAAUCAUGUACGAGUGGUUGGUGGUGGAGUACGACUGGCCGUCAGAGACCAUGAGGCGGCAGUUCGAGGCCGACUGCAGAUACAAUGCCAGCCACAAUCUGAUAUCAGGGAUCAAGACCUACAAGUUAUUGAAGAACCGCUGCUGUAUUAACAUCACUGUCUUUUUGUUUUCGCUCAGGGGGCAAGUUUACCUGAGUGUUCCCAGGCUCAAGUACACCACUGGAGUUCCAUCGACGUUAAACAAAGUUAUCCAGAAGGGAAACCAGUCGGUGCUGACCCCGUUUCCGGACUGGGCCUCCCAAGAGUUGGGCAACUGUAGCGCUUUGCAGUGCGCCAUGAGCAUGGAGGUGGACCCUAUCACUGGAUACAUGUACGUCAUCGAUCCAGGCAGAUCCGGAAUCUUCGGCGACAUCUCCGGCCAACCACCCCCCGUGAUCUGCCCACCAAAACUGGUGGUCUACAAUCUAAACGAUGGUAGUCUGGUCCGCAGCCAUGACUUUCCAGAGGAUCUGGUCUCCAACAAGACAAACUUUCUCAACGAUAUCGUCAUCGAUCGGGGCAGCCCAACGUCUAAAUCCGCCAAAUGGGUUUACAUAACAGACGCCGUUGACUCAAAACUGAUCCAUGAGUCUAUGGACUACGAAGAAGGGGAUGGGUCCAACAUUACCGUGAAUGGAAUCUCCUACAUUCUCAAGACGCCCAUUGAUGGCCUUGCCAUGUCUUCCGAUUUCGAGUACGUCUAUUACUGCGCCUUGGGGAAAAAAGGGGCCGAUUUUGGCAGUAAAGUCAGGUUAGUCGGCGAGAAAGCUUCCCAGACUGGCGGCAUGACUUAUGCCACUGACAACCUCUAUUAUGGGGCUUUGACUAAAAACAGCGUCUACAAAUGGGAGAUCAAAACAGAAACAGAGAUUUUGAAGGAUGAUGAGAAACUGGAAUGGCCGGAUUCCUUUACCGUGGAUGAAGACGGGUUUCUGUGGUUUACCGCCUGCAGGGCUCAACUCUUUCUGUUGGGAGGUAUAGACUUCAGCGGCGUCAAGGGCGCCAACUUUAGAGUCUGGCGGGUCAGUAUUUCAGAAAAUGGCUACCUGGCACCUCGGGUGGGUCAACUUCGAGGUGGCAACGGAGUCUGCAGUUGGAGCGGUGCCCUGGUCAACGUGAUACCAGCGUUGGUUUUGGCUUGGCGGUAG